AUGUGGGAUCAAAGGCCGAGUUUCAGGUUUGAGAUAGAUAACUUCUUGGAGAAGGAAUCUGUCUUAAGUUCUCAGAUAUUCGUGAGCGGCGGAUGCGAAUGGUAUCUCGAGGUUUAUCCCAAAGGAGAUCGUCUUUCUGAUGGUCACGUGUCUUUGUACCUGACCGUUGGAAAUCGUAAAUCAUUGGGAACUGGCUGGAAAAGGAGUGUUAAUUAUUACUUCGUUGUGUUAAAUCAAUCCGACAAAGAGCUCUUCAGAUCACCAAUUGGAGGAGCAAACAACUUGUUCUGCGCAGAGGCUUUAUCCUGGGGUUUCCGAAAGACAUUGCCUCUUAGCAAGGUUCAUGGAAAAGAGUUUUCGGAGAAGGACACACUCAUCAUUGAAGUCUACAUUAAAGUUGCUGAAGCCCUUGAUGGAGAAGGCGAAGAUGAAUCAGAGAAGAAGGAGAGUGUGGAUUUCAACGGUUUUCAAGCUUUUGCUUCUCAGGUUAAUUCAGUGAGAAAGAUGUUCGCGGAGCACGUGGUGAAGACAGAAUACAAGAAUGCCAUUAGCAACGCUUGCAGCAAGUUGAGUGAGUUGGCGGAAGUAGGAGUCAAGCUUGACUGGUUAAAGUCAAAGCUUGAUGAAGUUUCCUUGAAAUGGAAAAAAGCAGAUGAUGCUGAUGGAUCUCGGGUUCAAAUACUGGAGGAACGCAUGAAGAAUCUUGGGGUGUACUGUUUUAAGUCAAAGGUCGAGGAGAUCUUGGAGAGGAAGAAAUUAUAUGAUGCUAAUGGGUCUCGUGUCCAAAAACUUGAAGAACGCAUCAAGAAUCUUGAGCUGAUGGAGUUAGGCUUUAAUCUGGACUGUUUGAAAUCGAAGCUUGAGGAGGUUUCCUUGGAGAGGAAGAAAUCAUAUGAUGCUGAUGGGUCUCGUGUCCAAAAACUUGAAGAACGCGUCAAGAAUCUUGAGCUGAUGGAUUCAGGCUUUUACCUGGACUGUUUGAAAUCUAACCUGGACUGGUUGAACUCGAAGCUUGAGGAGGUUUCCUUGGAGAGGAAGAAGUCAUAUGAUGCUGAUGGGUCUCGUUUCCAAAAUCUUGAAGAACGCGUCAAGAAUCUUGAGCUGAAUGAGUCAGGCUUUGAACUGGACUGUUUGAAAUCGAAGCUUGAGGAGGUUUCCUUGGAGAGGAAGAAAUCAUAUGAUGCUGAUGAGUCUCGGUUCCAACAACUUGAGGAAAGCUUCAAGAAUCUUCAGAAGAUGGUGUCCAAUCUCGAAGUUGAACUGGACAAGGAGAAUGCCAAAUCUUCUGCUGAUGGAUUUUUCUUGGUCGAUGAGGCUGAUUAA